UUAUAGUUUGGUGGGAGAGUCCAUAGAGGGAGAGAGACAUGGAAGAAGAGGGUAAUAAGUUGAAGGGUGAAGAGGCAUUUAGGAAAACAAGGGUGCCACCAUGGACAAAACAAAUAACAGUGAGAUCAGUGGUGACAAGCUUUGUCCUAAGUGUAGUUUUCAUCUUCAUUGUGUGCAAACUCAACUUCACCACAGGGAUCAUACCAUCCCUCAAUGUAGCUGCAGGUUUGUUGGGGUUUGCAGCAAUCAAGGCCUACACUGCACUCCUCAACAACUGUGGCCUUCUCAAACAACCAUUCACUCGCCAAGAGAACACUGUCAUCCAAACCUUUGUUGUUGCCUCCUCUGGAAUCGCCUUCAGCAGUGGCAUGGGAAGUUAUCUACUUGGUAUGAGCCCAUACAUUGCUUCUCAAGUUGAUGGGGGGAACACGCCAAUCAAUACAAAGACUAUCUCACUUGGUUGGAUGUUUGGUUUUCUCUUUGUUGUUAGCUUUGUGGGCCUCUUCUCUAUUGUGCCUCUAAGAAAGGUGAUGAUUCUGAAGUACAAACUAACAUACCCGAGUGGAACCGCCACGGCUCUCCUUGUCAAUAGCUUACACACACCAAAAGGAGCAAAACUAGCAAAAAAACAGGUUGCUUUGCUCUUCAAAAGCUUUUGUGGUAGUUUUGCUUUUGGUUUUUUCCAGUGGUUUUUCACUGCAGGAGAUGGUUGUGGGUUCAGCACUUUUCCCACAUUUGGUCUUGAAGCUUACAGUAACAGGUUCUACUUUGAUUUCUCAUCUACCUAUGUUGGGGUCGGAAUGAUUUGCCCUUACUUGAUAAAUGCAUCUUUGCUUCUUGGAGCUGUAAUCUCAUGGGGCAUUCUAUGGCCCUGGAUUGAGCACAAGAAAGGAAUCUGGUAUAGCGCAGAUCUACCUGGUAGCAGUCUAAGUGGCAUCCAAGGAUAUAGGAUCUUCACCGCAAUUGCCAUGAUGCUUGGUGAUGGUCUUUACCAUUGCAUCAUCAUGCUAAUACGAGUUGCCUACAGUCUCAUCACCCAAUACCUAAAGAAAAAAGUGCCAUCAACUGUAAACCAUGAAGAUGUUGAUCAAAACUCAAGUGAAGAUUUUGAUGCUCAACGUCGCACUGAGUAUUUCUUGAAAGACGAGAUUCCCUCUUGGGUUGCUAUUAUUGGUUACAGUGUUCUUGCAGUUAUUUCAAUCAUAACGGUUUCACUCAUCUUUCCUCAACUGAAAUGGUAUCAUGUACUAAUCACUUACCUCAUUGCUCCUAUUCUGGCCUUUUGCAAUGCCUAUGGAUGUGGCCUCACUGAUUGGUCUUUGGCAUCAAACUAUGGCAAAGUUGCCAUCAUUAUAUUCAGUUCAUGGGUUGGCCUUGAGCAUGGAGGCCUCAUUGCUGGCCUUGCAUCAUGUGGUGUCAUGAUGAGCAUUGUAUCCACAGCUUCUGAUUUGAUGCAAGACUUCAAAACCGGGUAUCUCACUCUUGCAUCUCCUCGGUCCAUGUUUAUGAGCCAAGUUUUAGGAACCGCCACGGGUUGUCUUCUGUCGCCUUUGAUGUUUUGGUUUUUCAACAAGGCUUACACACUUGGUGACCCUCAGGGCUCUUACCCUGCACCAUAUGGAGAGGUGUACCGUGGGAUGGCCCUUCUAGGAGCAAAGGGUUUCUCUUCUCUUCCCAAAAAUUGUCUUGAACUGGCUAUCAUUUUCUUUUUCUUGGCUGUGUUUAUUAACAUAGUGCACGAUUUGUUGGAGCAUUAUGAGACCAAAUAUAGGAUAUACAGGUUUGUUCCAAACCCCAUGGCCUUGGCCAUCCCAUUCUAUCUUGGUGGUUACUUUGCUAUUGACAUGUGCAUUGGGAGCUUGAUUCUGUUUUUGUGGGAGAAAAAAAACAAACAAAAAGCAAAAGAUUAUGGUCCUGCUUUGGCAUCUGGACUCAUUUGUGGUGAUUCUUUGUGGAGUGUUCCUGCUGCUAUACUGUCCCUUGCUGGAGCCAACCCACCAAUUUGCAUGAAGUUCUUGUCUAGUGCUGUGAACAAAAAAGUUGACACCUUCUUAAGUGGUGGUCCUUGAUGCUCCCUGCUUUCAUUGGAGGUUGAUGUUCGUUUGAAGUUCAGGAAAGUUCAAAUACUGUAUUUGGAUUUCUAGUUAUACAAUUUCGCUUUUAUGAAUAAAAAUCAUGUAGGCUUGGAUUUGUAAAUG